CAUGGGGGAAGCACGGCAGAAAUCCCGAACUUCAGACUUCCGACGGGAAGGCCGGAGCUCAGAGUUCUGGCCCCGGGCCAGCAGGCGUCGCCGCCGGCUGGGCGGGUGGGGGGAGGCGGGGAGGCGCUUCCUGGGCGCGGAGGGCGCGGGCGGCGCCUGGCGGGGUCUGCGGGUGCGGGCGGCGGCAUGGAGGACGGCGUGCUCAAGGAGGGCUUCCUGGUGAAGAGGGGUCAUAUCGUCCACAACUGGAAGGUGCGAUGGUUCAUCCUUCAGCAGAACACGCUGCUAUACUACAAGCUCGAAGGGGGUCAGAAAGUGACGCCUCCCAAGGGCCGGAUCCUUUUGGAUGGCUGCACCAUCACCUGCCCCUGCCUAGAGUAUGAAAACCGACCGCUCCUCAUUAAGCUGAAGACUCGAACAUCCACGGAGUACUUUCUGGAGGCCUGUUCUCGAGAGGAGAGGGAUGCCUGGGCCUUCGAGAUAACAGGAGCAAUUCAUGCUGGGCAGCCUGGGAAGGUGCAGCAGCUCCACAUAUUGAAAAACUCCUUCAAACUGCCCCCUCACAUCAGCCUGCACCGCAUAGUGGACAAGAUGCAUGACAGCAGUAGUGGAAUCCGGCCAAGUCCCAACAUGCAACAGGGCAGCACCUAUAAAAAGACCUUCGUGGGCUCCUCUUUGGUCGACUGGCUCAUCUCCAACACCUUCUCAGCCAACCGUCUGGAAGCAGUGACUCUGGCUUCCAUGCUCAUGGAGGAAAACUUCCUCAAGCCAGUAGGCUCUCGAAGCUUGGGAGCCAUUCGCUCUGGGGAUCUGGUCGAGCAGUUCCUGGAUGACUCCACAGCCCUGUAUACUUUUGCUGAGAGCUACAAGAAGAAAUCAAGCCCCAAAGAAGAAAUCGAUCUUAGCUCGGUGGAGUUAAGUGGCACAGUGGUAAAACAAGGCUAUCUGGCUAAGCAGGGGCACAAGAGGAAAAACUGGAAGGUGCGGCGUUUUGUACUGAGGAAGGACCCAGCUUUUCUGCACUACUACGACCCUUCCAAAGAAGAGAGCCGUCCAGUGGGCGGGUUUUCUCUUCGUGGUUCACUUGUGUCCGCCCUUGAGGAUAAUGGUGUUCCCACUGGGGUUAAAGGAAAUGUCCAGGGGAAUCUCUUCAAAGUGAUUACUAAAGAUGACACACACUAUUAUAUUCAGGCCAGCAGCAAGGCUGAGCGAGUUGAGUGGAUUGAAGCUAUCAAAAAGCUAACGUGACAGUGACAAGGACUUCUCUCUUCUACUACAUGAUACAGAUAGGAUUUCCAGAAGAAUGGGAGUGUUAAGACUUUGUUUUUUGCAUAUAUUGUACUACUUUAAAGUGAGAUUGGUGAAGUUUCUCAGAUUCCACUUGGCAAAUGGUGCUAUUUCCUUUCUACCUUCAUGUUAAUAACUCACAAAGACUAGAACUGACAUUGGACACCAGUCUCUCCAUUUCUGCCUAUCAGCUUAGCCAGCCAGCCAUUUCUGACACCAAACAAAGAAGGUUGUCUUGUUUUAACACUAAUUGCCCAGUGUAAUACUGUCUCUGAAAUACUAUCAGGAACUCCUUUGGAAUAAAAAUUGUCAAAUUGUCA